CUGCUUCUACAAGUGUCCAGGCUGUGGCAUCCAGACAUCUGUAGAAGCAACUGGAAAGGAGCAGGGAGCCAGCACCAUGUGACUUGGCAGUUCUCCACAGACCACAACUUGAUUAUUUUUUAACUAAAAGUGUUCCCACUCCCUGUGCCGCCGCUUGUUGUGUUGCCUGCUUAGUGAAGUUGCAGGGAUUGCAGACUUGUAUGUGGCUUCUGCUCUGUGAUCUCAAAUGCUGCUGUUACCUGCUGACUCAGUAGUUACGGCUGACAUUGACCACCCUAGACUGGCAGGGAAAGCAUUUAGGAAGUUUCUUCCCCUGUUUGACCGUGUUCUGGUUGAAAGAUGUGCGGCUGAGACUGUAACCAAAGGAGGCAUCAUGCUUCCGGAAAAAUCUCAAGGAAAAGUGCUACAAGCAACAGUAGUGGCAGUUGGAUCGGGAUCCAAAGGAAAGGAUUUUUACAAUUGGCCUGAUGAAUCCUUUGAAGAAAUGGAUAGCACACUAGCUGUUCAACAGUAUAUCCAACAAAACAUAAGGGCAGACUGUUCUAACAUUGACAAAAUCCUGGAACCUCCUGAAGGGCAGGAUGAAGGUGUAUGGAAGUAUGAACAUUUACGACAAUUCUGUCUCGAGCUCAAUGGACUUGCUGUCAAGCUUCAGAGUGAAUGCCACCCAGAUACAUGCACUCAGAUGACAGCAACUGAACAAUGGAUUUUCCUUUGUGCAGCCCAUAAAACUCCCAAAGAGUGUCCUGCUAUAGACUACACCAGGCACACGCUUGAUGGAGCUGCAUGUCUUCUGAAUAGCAAUAAAUAUUUCCCCAGCAGGGUUAGCAUAAAGGAAUCCUCUGUAGCCAAACUAGGAUCAGUGUGUCGUAGGAUUUACAGAAUAUUUUCCCAUGCGUAUUUUCAUCAUCGGCAGAUAUUUGAUGAAUAUGAAAAUGAAACCUUUUUGUGUCACCGGUUCACUAAAUUUGUGAUGAAAUAUAAUUUGAUGUCCAAGGAUAACCUGAUUGUACCAAUUUUGGAAGAGGAGGUGCAGAAUUCAGUGUCUGGGGAAAGUGAGGCAUGAUGGGAAUUGUGGUACAGAAAGCAACUGUACUAAACACACAAUUGACAUUAUGUACUGUAUAUAUCAUUUUAGACACUCAAUCAUGUAUCCUUAUUAUAGCUUUGUUUAGUAUACUUUUGUAUGCUGUGUGCAUUGCCUUUUAAUAUGGGAAAUACUUUAAGUUAUUCAUGAACUGUAUAUUCAUCAAUGUGGCACUCAUGGUUUUUAAAUAAAAUUAGUAUUAUCUGUUUAUAAUACCUGUUAAUAAAAGAAUUACAGUUGUGUAAAAUUGCUGCUAAACAAUCAUUGGAUCACAAUCCUCAAAUGUGUCUGAUUAAAAAAGAUAAGUGAGACUAA